AUGACAGAGAGAACUAAUAACAGAAUUUGUAGUACCUUUCAGAACCCAGGGAAUAGUUAUCCCGGACACGGGCAAGUUGGUGUCUCUACCUCGUUUUCGCCCGAUCUCCAUAAACACAUAUUGGGAUGUCAUAGCCCCACUAUGGGGAUACCAUAUCAAAAAAAGGAAAAUGGCACGGACUUAUCUGGCCGAGAUGCUCUAACUCUUGGGGGAGAAGAUGAAGAUAAUGGAACCGGAUCCAGAUCCAUUCCCAAGGACAAUAAACCUCACGCUUUCAACUCUGAAGAGAAAGAAAAAAUGCUGAAGAAAAAGUCGAAGACGAAAAGAAACGAGAAAAAAAAUAUGCAAAAGGAAGAUAAACCACUACAUGUUUGGGGCGUCCGUCCGCAGUCCAACAGCGCUACAAAGCAGGAUGUUAACCAAAAGCAACAAGGAGUUAUUAGAAUCGAGAGCCCAAACGAUACCGAUGUUGAAAUGCCGAGCAAUAUCAUUACCGAAGAUGGAGUCCAAGUUCCCGUGCAUAAAGUGUCAGAAGAUAGCAGAGAGGAUGAACCUCAUAGGCGUUGCAAGAAUUCGCUCAUGGUAGUGGAAAAGAUCAAAAAUAAAUCCGAUGCCUGUCGUGUUGCAAAAUCUGUUUGGUAUACGCUCAUAAACGAAGAAUCAGGUGUUGAUGAUGGAUAUUUGAAGUCUAUUAAAAAUAUUUAUUGGGAUGCUAUGGUUGCUCUGUUACGACCACUUGGGAAGAAUUUGGAUGAAUGUGACCUUACCCGGCUGGUAUGGCACGUCGAGCCCGAUACAACUAUUACUGAAUUUUAUUAUUUUGAAUAG